AUGUAUGGUCUGAUCACAGUGGUCUGCCCUGUGAUCUGCUCUGAGGUCCAGACUGCAGAGUCCAGUCCAGGUUUUGUCGCGGCCUCUGUGUGCAGCUGCAGCGGAGCCUGGAGCCUGGAGCCGGAGCCAGUGAGAGACAGAAACACUAUGGCUGCCGCGCUGUCUCUUACUCAGCUCUCCAGUGGAAAUCCCAUAUAUGAUAAAUAUUACAGACAGGUUGAUCCAACAAACAGCGGACGAGUCGGAGCUCCUGAUGCGGCUCUUUUCCUGAAGAGGUCAGGCUUAGCAGAUCUUGUUCUGGGAAAGAUUUGGGAUCUGGCAGAUUCUGAACGCAAGGGUUCUCUCAACAAACAGCAAUUCUUUGUAGCUUUGCGCUUAGUAGCUUGUGCUCAGAAUGGCCUGGAGGUGGCACUCAAGAGCCUUAAUGGGGCUGUUCCUCUCCCCAAAUUUGUAAGUUUCUUCAUACUAUUUUAA